CAGCAGCUCUGCGCUUAAGGAUUCAUUCAUUCUCACUGCGGAUCUACUCUACGCACAAGAAUGGACUUCCAAAUGUUUGCCCUGGUGAUGUUGUUCCUGGCCUGUGUGGAGCAGAGCCUGGCCUCCUGCGUGGUCGACAGCUUCACAGUCAAAGAGGACUUCGACCCCAAAAGGUAUGCAGGAAAGUGGUACGCUCUGCAGAAGAAAGACCCUGAGGGUUUGUUCCUGCAGGACAACAUCUGGGCUGAGUACACUGUUGGAGACGAUGGAAACAUGGUUGCCUCCUCCAGGGGCAGAGUCACUCUCUUCGGUUUCUGGGUUGUGUGCGCUGACAUGGCUGCUCAGUACUCAGUCCCUGACCCCACAAGCCCCGGCAAGAUGUUCAUGAACUACCAGGGACUGGCCAGCUACCUGUCCAGCGGCGGCGACAACUACUGGGUGAUCGACACAGACUAUGACAACUACGCCAUCACCUACGCCUGCCGCAAGCUGAAGGAUGAUGGAAGCUGCGAGGAUGGAUACGCCCUGGUCUUCGCCCGCACCUCCCGCGGCCUGCCCCCUACAAUCCAGAGAAUCGUGCGCCAGAAACAGGAGGAGAUCUGCAUGGCUGGAGAGUUCCAGCCUGUGCUGCAGUCUGGAGCCUGCAUCUGAACUGUUCCUGAGCAGCUCUUCAUCACACCGGAUUCAUCCUCCCACCCAAACUGAAGAUAGAGCACUUUCCAAACAUGCAAAUGUAGAAUAAUCCUGUGAGGGUUUUUGUUGUUGUUGUUGUUUUUAAACACAUAGGCGAGAAUAAUUGGAUGAAUCCAAUCCAAAAAGAUUA